AGAACUGGCCGAUCACGCCGAGCCCACACUUCGGUUUUGGCCGCCAGCGAGGCAACACACGUCUUUUAGCGCCGCUUUUGCCACGCGCGCGCGCGUCACGCAAUUGUUUCAGAGCUUUCGGUAGUUUUGGGUCGUCGGCACGUCGCGAUCGUGAUCACGCGGUUUCACAGUCACCCAGCGGUAAUAAUAUGUUUAUAGUGCUCUUGUUUCUUGAUCUGACCACCGAUCCGCGCUAAUUACAGUGCCGCGUCGAUUGAUCGGAAAGCCUACGCAAUCACCUUUUCGGUUUCUGGUGACAGUGUCGAUUUUUUUAUUAAAGCGAAAGUUCAACCUCCAGAAAGUUCGACGACUUCGGCGAGUCCGAUCAAUACGACGAAAAGAAACGAUACCGAAAAACAAAAACGCGCGUACGCGCCACACACUCUUCGCGUACGAACUGCGCGACGACCUGGCGCUGGAUUCCGCUGAUACAGCAGCGUGAUGCCGCCCCAGAACUCGAUCGAGCUGACGACCAAACCGGAGGCGGAGAAUGGCGCCACGGGCAAGCUGCUCGCCAACGGUAACGGUAACGGCGACACGGAGAAAGCAAAGGAGGAUCCACCCACCACGACGCUGAUCGUACCGCCGGACGGUGGCUGGGGCUGGCUGGUGAUGGUUGCAUCCUUCUUCUGCAACGUGAUCGUCGACGGUAUUGUGAUGAACGUCGGCAGCUUCCUGGGCCCAAUCCGCGACGAGUUUGGCGUAAGCGAGGCCGAAGUGGCACUGGUCAGCUCGCUGCUGAGCGGGUUCUACCUGCUGACCGGUCCGUUCGUCAGUGCGCUUGCUAACCGUUGGGGAUUCCGGAUCGUCACCAUCAUCGGUUCGGUGGUGGCCGCCGUCGGCUUCUUCGUUUCCCAGUACGCGACGAGCAUCGUGUUCCUGUACGUGACGUUCGGUUUCAUUGGCGGGGUGGGCUUUUGCUUCAUCUACGUCCCGUCGGUCAUUACCGUCGGGUACUACUUCGAGAAGUGGCGUGCCGUGGCGACGGGCAUUGCGCUGUGCGGUUCGGGCGUCGGUACGUUCAUCUUCUCGCCCGUCAACGCGAUGCUGAUCGAGUCGCUCGGCUGGCGCAGUGCGCUGGUAGCGCAGGCCGCCAUCAUACUGCUGUGCAUUGCUUGCGGUGCCAUCUUCCGCCCGAUCCAACCGACCGAGGUGACGGCCACCAAGGCGGCAGACACACCGGCCGACAAGGGCAUUCUGCUGGGCGAGGGCCUGCCGGUCGUCUACACGCGCCCGCUGCCCGAGGGCCGGUACGCGUACUCGAUGCCGAACAGCUCGCACAACACGUGGAUGGGAGCGAACCCGAACUACCAGUACCCGACGGCGGCCGAGAUCUUCCGCCAGGGCAGUGGGCACAACCUCGAUCGUCGUCCGUCGCACACCUCGGGCCAGCUGGUGAGCCACAACCUUCAGAGCACUACGAAGAAGCUGGAAAAGAUCCAGAAGCGGCUCGCCGGGCAGAUGACUCCGGACGAUACGAUCCAUGCGCACGGCUACCCGACGGCACACCACGAGCUCAAUCCGGUCGGUGAGGCGGACGAGGAGGAGACGGAGAAUGGCACGCUGCUGGCCGCGCCAGAGCAACAGUCUGUCACCAUUACGACGGCGGCCGGUCGCCGACACACCGUGUCGGGCAGACGGCCCAACGAACCGGCCAGCUCAAGACACGGCUCUAGGCGCACCCUGAACGAUGGCGCACGUCCAAUGUAUCGUGACGAUAUCUUCUUCACCGGAUCGCUGGCACGCAUUCCCCAGUACAAGUCGCAGACAUCGCUCGGUUACCACAUGUCCGUCACCCGGUUGCCUACCCAGGCUGACGUGGAGGAGACGGAGACGGAACAGUGCAUGGUGUGCCCGGAGGCGGUCCGCCGCACGCUGGUCACUAUGCUGGACAUGUCGCUGCUGAAGUCCAUCUCGUUCAUGAUGCUAGCGUUCAGCGGUUUCCUCACGAUGAUGGGCUUCUUCGUGCCGUUCCUGUACGUCAAGCAACGGGCGGUGGCCGGUGGUAUGGCGGAUGAAGUGUCGACGUUCAUUGUAUCGGCUAUUGGCAUUUCCAACACGAUUGCUAGGGUGGUUUGUGGAGUGUUGACGUCGUUCAAGAACAUUAACGCACUGCACUUGAACAACGUAGCGAUCACGCUCGGAGGAAUAGCGACCAUGAUGAGUGGCAUGUAUAUUACCGAGGUCUAUCAGUUUACGUAUGCAGCCAUUUUCGGACUUGCCAUCGCAUGCUUCUCGGCACUCCGUUCAAUUCUGGUCGUCGACCUGAUGGGACUAGAAAAACUGACCAACGCCUUCGGUAUACUGUGCCUGUUCCAGGGUAUCGCCGCUUUCCUUGGUGCACCGAUUGCUGGAUACUUUACCGAGCUGACCGGUACCUAUGACGCGUCGUUCUACAUUUCCGGUGCACUAAUUACGCUCUCGGCCGUUCUCUGCUACCCGCUAGCCUUUGUCAAUCGAUGGGAAAAGCAACGCGCUGCUAAAAAAGACUCACAGAAGGUGUAAACACUGCUGGCAACUGGGCAGUGAACACUUCCGAGCCGGAGGGUUUUAAUGAAGGAGCCGGUGUUGGUUUAAUGCACGAUAUCGAGGAAGCAAGAUAUCGCCAUGUCAUCAUGCGACAAUACUACCGAUGGUAGGGCUCUGUAAGGAACGCAAUUCGGUGCUAUUUAUCAUUGAUAGGCUCUCACAUACGGCUAUUACUGUUGACACAGUCAACAAUCAUGGCCACCCCGGGUCGGAAGCAACUGAAUUAAGUAAGCUAGUAGUAGUAGUUGUAAGGUAGUGUUUGAAUGAUUUGCUCAUCCAAUAGCAUAUUGCUAAAUCUGGGCCCGGAAGUUGCCGAUGAUCAUUUGCUUACACCCGGUGCGGUUCUAAAGCGAUGUUGCGAACGAUGGAAAGGAUCGUUUCCGCACAGGAGCUUAAAGCUUACGCUAGAACACAUCAUCAAACGCCAGCUAGUGGAAUAAGCAGGAACUAAAUUUGCAAUACCGUACGUGCUUCCAAGCAAAUAAGCUUAACGAUAGUAAUAGCUUUAGUUAACGAGUUAACGAGUGUACUGUGUUGAGCCAACAUUCAUCCCCAUUUACUUGUCAUUUUUAAGGUUUUUAAACAUGAUAACAUUAACAGCUACGAACACAACGAUCCAAUUCGCUUUUGUUUGCAUAUUUAAGGCUAUUUUUUACAGUUAAGUCAAAUCAUAAGCCAUUUUCCAUUGCAAAAUUCACACAUACACAGGCCUUUAUGGAUGUAACGCUUUUUGUUAUAGAAAUUAAAUGCUGUUCCACAAUUUUGUACGUUUACGGAGACUGAACAACGGUCAGCAUUAAGUGUGACCGCAAAUACAGAGAGAGACAGAGAGAGCGAGAGGGUGUUAAAAAGUUCACUAAAACCAUUUGCUAAACACACAUACAAUAGGAACAAACACAAACAAAUUGGCUCCAGCAACCGGUCCUAAAAGUGCUAGAAUACACACACAAACACACAAGCAAAAAUUAAACCAUACGGUGUCACACUACAAUAGAGCAAAAAGAAAACGUUAGACAAAUAGCAGCCGUAGUUCCUACCUUUGCCAUACAACUGAAAAUCACUGUCAAACCCCGAUGCCGAGAUGCUGUUUCACUGCAGACGCCGUCUAGAGAAAACGGAACCCAUUAAUUAUUAUUUAGAUUUGUAAUUUUACACUCCUCAUUAACGGACUUCUUCACACCUCCUUCUUGUGUUUCGGAAUUCCCUGUGCAAUAAAGUGUCUGCCCUUCUCCGUCUUCCGACCGUGAAAGCCAGGGUGUGUGUAUGUGCGUACACACGUGUACAGCAAAGCCAAGCCAAUCCCCCAACAGCAAGUUGGAAGUCAAUAGCACCCCAAUACGUGAAUAAAUUAUCUGUGAUAUCAGCAUAUACAUAUGAGCUAUCUUUAUAAUAUGUUGUUGAUAUAAUCCGCAGACAUCACACGGACGGACGGGGUGGGGUUCGAUCGUGUGCGAUCCGAAGCCCCCCAACAAAACACAUCAGCACCGUUCUUACGUUUCCAAUUUCUAUAAGAUACAGUCGCCUCCUCCUGUACGGUGUGCAGCGGGGACGACUGUUAGCUUUUCCCGCCCCGCGAAGUCUAGGAAGAUUAUUAAAGCCAACAUCAGUAACAUCCAUUCUUGCAUCCAACCACCACACACAUAGCUGUAGCUUUUAAGCAAGACAACGCGUACCGUUAAGAUUGAAAUAAAUAAGAAUUGUCUGGAAUUUGUACAUUUUA